AUGCUGAAGUGUCGACAUGGCAAAAGGCCAUCCGUUUGUAUUAGCUUGAUGCUGAACCUCAUGAUAUUCAGCCUCACGAGUGCCUUUUCAGCUACUGGUGCCAUAUCGAGGUCGGCUAAUAGCAGAACGUGUCUGCAUUCGAAUACAUCCAGUGAAGAUUCCAUCAUUCAACUACCACAGUGGCAAGCCCAGCUAGCAGAAACCACGGAUCCGGAGAAAAAGGCAUCCUUGGAGUCCAAGAUUGAUCAGGCCAAAAUGUCUGCCGAAUUUGGAGUCCGCGCGGCCCAAAGUCAGUUUUACGAAGCCUUCUCCAAUCAAGAUUAUGACUUGAUGCAGGCAAUCUGGUCAAAUGGACAAGAUAUUCAAUGCAACCAUCCAGGAAUGCCUAGGAUUACUGGUCGGGAGGAUAUUUUGAAAUCCUGGAAGGCUCUCUUUGAGGGACCGCAAAUGGAUAUGGAACCCACGGACUCUGUGGUGGACAUUUGUGGUGGGACCGCCAUUUGCCGGUGCGUCGAGCAAAUUGAUACUUCCAGCAGACUAGAGGCCUUGAAUAUUUACAAAAGAGAAGAGGGAGAAUGGAAGAUGACCUUUCACAUGGCAUCUCCUGUCUUAUUGGGGCAAGCUGACCUGGAAUGA